AAUUAAAAACAAUUUAAUUUUUUUUUUUUUUAUAAAACAGGUUUCACUGUCAAUUUGUUGGCUUUUGAUAUUUUUUUUUCCCCCACAUGGAUGUCCACCAAUUCUGUAUUGUAUCGAAUGUUUUACAUAUUUUAGGUGAAGUCACGUUAUCAUGUUUGUAAUCUUGCUUUGUGGACUGCCUGCCUCAAUGGUGACGGGAGAUGUAUAUAAAAGACUGUAUAUAUCUAUAUAUAGUAGAUUUAUCCCACUUGGCGUACAAUCUAAUCAAUUGUUGGCUGAGCUUGAUUGACAGGUACAAAUAGUUUAUGGACUAUGCCAACAAUGCAUCUGGCGCUGAUCCAUCAGAGAGUUGUAAUUUCGUAGAAAGAUGAAAAAAGGUCAGUAUUUACUCUGCUGAAUGCAUUCAGAAGUACGGUUUUACUUUGUUUUAUUAUUUUUUCUGUCUUUUUCCUAUUUCUCGGUGUGUGUAAGAGUGUCUUUGUCUUGCAAAUAAAGUCUGCUGGAAUGUUUUGUUGCCUUCAACACAGGACAAUGUGCAUGUGUACUGCAAAUAUAUCGCCAAUAAUUGACUUUUAUGCUUUCAGCUGAUGUGGUUGAGCUGGCAGAAAGUGUUAAAUAAUGUCUGAGAGUGUGAGAGAGUGUUUGCAGGUCAAACAGGGGCCAACUUCAGGACACUUCCUGCCCACUCAGACCUUCCAGCAACUCCUUCCAGGCCUGCACAGAGUGGAGUCCGGCUGAUCACGUUGCUGGAGUCCACACCUCCGGCGUCCACAGUCCACUCAAGGUGCAGGAGCUCCGGCUGUGAUCCCAGAGGCACACCUACUGGAAAGUGAGCAGGCCGCCGCCCUUCUCGCCGUGGGCGUGUGUCGUCCUCCUCGCUUCCGUGCGGGCCAGAGGAGUUGCGACACCGUUCAAGUUGCAGCACGAGAGGAGCAAGUCUGGAAUGAAACAAAAAAAGGACAAAAUACUUUUUACGGUGCAGCAGCAGGCCAGCGAAAAGACACGCCCCGCCCCAUAAAUCUUCAUCAUGCCGCUGCAGACCGUGGCCGCCCUCCUCCGCCCUUGCUGAUCCCCCCCCCCCCCCCCCCCGUCGCAAAGAUGCAGCCGGGUGGCCCCCCUCCCCCUCCCCCUCCUCCCGCUUUACUGCCGCCCCCUCCGCCGCCGCCCCCCCUCGCCUUGGGUUCGAAGGCCCUGCACCGGCGCUCCAGGAUGCGCAACUUCAACUGGGAGACCAUCCCCAAGCACAGCGUGAUGGGGAAGCACAACAUCUGGACGGAGGACCAGGCAGACGGCGACUACCAGCUGGACACGCAGCACAUGGAGGAGCUGUUCAGUCACAAGCAGGCCCAGCAGCGUCACGCCAACCACCUCCACGGCGUCAAGGGCGCCCCCGCUGCCGCCCCCGGGGUAGAACUGGUGUCCAUCCUGGGCUCCAAGAGGAGCAUGAACAUCGGCAUUUUCCUCAAGCAGUUUAGGCGGCCGGUGGCGGACAUGAUUGAUGACAUCAGAGCAGGAAGUGGACUGGCGUUCGGCUGCGGGAAACUGCGAGAGUUAUUGAAACUGCUGCCGGAGGAGGAAGAGGUCAAACAGCUGCUGGACUUCAAGGGCGACCAAUCAGCUCUCCCUGAUGCUGACCUCUUCAUGCUGAUGCUGGUCCAGAUCCCCAGUUAUGAGGAACGUGUCAGCAGCUUGGUCCUCAAAGAAGAGUUCUUGCCCUUCAUGACUGAAAUGAGAGGAUUCAUUGACACCUUGAAAGCUGCUGGGAAUGAGUUGUUGGAGUGUGACAGUCUGCACUCGGUCAUCCGUCUGGUUCUGAAGAUGGGGAACUACAUGAAUGCGGGAGGAUACGCCGGCAGCGCGGUGGGCUUCCGGAUGGCCUCGCUGCUCAAGUUGGUGGACACCAAAGCCAACAAGCCCGGCAUGAACCUGAUGCACUACGUGGUGAUGCAAGCCCAGAACGUAGACACGGAUCUGCUGAACUUUCCGGACCAACUCCAGCACAUGAGAGCUGCUGCAAGAAUCAACAAAAGCGAGAUCGAAGCAGAGUUUGCCAGGCGAGUGAAAAAAGUGCGAGAAGCCCAAGCCAACACUUUGAAGCAGGACGACCUGAAGGCCCAGAUGGAGGACUUCCUCAAGGACGCUGAGGCCUGCUUGGUCCAGGUGGAGCUGGACCUCCAGGAGCUUCAGUCCAGCAGCGACUCUGUGGCCCAGUACUUCUGUGAGGACCCUGACAAGUUCCGACUGGAGGAAUGUUGUUCCGUUUUUGACUCCUUCUGCGAGAAGUUUCUACGAGCCAUGCAGGAGAACAAGGCCCGGGAGGUGGCGGAGGUGAAGCGCCGGCACAAAAACCGUCUGCUAAGCGCUGCCAAGCGCAGGUCCACGGCCACCUGCUCCACCAGGGACAAGGAGAUGGACGGAAUCGCCUUGGAGUCCGUCCUGCAGAACUUCCUGACCAGCAGGAUCUCCAGGAGGCGAUCGGUGCGGCCCGCGUCCACCUACGACAGCCCGGUCGGCGGGAGUCCCCAGACCGGCAGCCUGUCCGAGAUCCCGCCCAAGGAAAACCUGCUGGCGCUGAGAAGAACGGAGUCCUUGAAGGCGGGCGGCACGGCCAAGAAGGAGUGGAACUCGGCAGCUGAACUCACAGGAAGAUCCGAAGACGGUGGCUCGGACACUGAGGCGGACGUCGGGUCGGAGAAGGACGGCGAAGAAGAGAAGAGGACCGGCAGAGGGUCCUCGUCCGCUCCAUGCUUCUCCGCCGACUUGGAUGAGGAAGACCUCCAGGACAACAACGAGGAAGAGGCCCAGAAGCUGCGGGAAGCGUCCCGGAAGGUUCUGUUGUACCAGAGCAGCCGAGGCAGCGUCUCCUCCGGCGAGUUCAACCCCGACAACCCGAGCUCUCCGCGGGCGGCGGCGGCGACGGCAACGGCGGCGGUCCCCGCGCCUCGACGCCUCCCGUUCGACAUGGAAAGCGACAGGUACCCUGGAGACCCGACCGACGAGGACCUGGUCCGCUUCCUGUUCAACUCCCCGCCCUCCUCCAAGCGGAACCUGGGCCGGCGGCACACGCUGCCUAUCAAAGUGAAAAACGAGGAGGACGACGAGGUGUGGGAUCCCGCCCAGGAGGAGGAGGAGGCCGGACGCGUGCAGGACUUGACGGAGGCGCUACCUCAACAGCUUUCUCCCGGCCAAGACCAGGAACACGUCCAGGACCAGCAGAAUGGUGGACACGUUCCGCCCAGAUCCUCAUGGAACAAAUCCGAAUCAUCUGGAGUAUUUUUUGGCUUCUUAAAGCGACUCGGCGAUAUCGGAAGACUACAGGCGGGCAAGGAAAGCAGCCAGAAGGGUUUUGGUACUGAUGUGUAGGAACUUUCUAGAGCAGUGGUUCUCAAACCUUUUUUUUUUUUUUUUUACCAAGUACCACCUCAGAAAACACUUGGCUCUCCAAGUACCACCAUAAUGACCAACAUUAAAAUGCAGUAGCGUGGUAGGCCUAAGUAUUCAUCAAAAACAACGCAGAGGUUUUACUUAACAAGUAGCGUAUUUUCCGGACUAUAUAAGCCACACCCACCACAUGUUUCGAAUAUAUUAGUCGCACCGGACUAUAAGCCGUAUACAUUGUUAUUUACAUAGAAAUAUUUAUUUACAUACCGUAAUUGUUUCCGAAAGCUAUCUGUUACGCGGCAGUAAAACGGCUGAUCAAACAAAACAGAAGUCAUGGUCAUGGACCCACGAGCUGCGCAAGCCAGCUCUCCAAUCCGCUAAACAGACUCAACAACUCCACCGUGACGUUUUGGUGAAUUUAUGAAAGUGAAACAAUACCAAAAGAAUGCCAUUGUAAGUUAAUAACACUAACACAGACUGUCAGGUUCAAACACUGAUGACAUCUAUUAAACAAGACAAGAAGCAAAGAAUUAAACAGAGACCAAAUUAAAUUUGGCUCAAUUUGAGGAGAGACGCCUGGACACUGUACCCUUGGGGCGGUAUGGCUCGGUUGGUAGAGCGGCCGUGCCAGCAACUUGAGGGUUCCAGGUUCGAUCCCCGCUUCCGUCAUCCUAGUCACUGCCGUUGUGUCCUUGGGCAGUGCCACCCACACUGCUUUAAAUGUAACUUAGAUAUUGGUUUUCACUAUGUAAAAGCACUUUGAGUCACUAGAGAAAAGCGCUAUAUAAAUAUAAAUCAAUUCACUUCACUUCACUUGUACAGUGUCUCAGCACGCUCUGGCGAAAGAUUGUACGCCGCCUCCUUUUAUUUGGACUUUCCCUGAUUACGUGGCAACAGCUGUUUCUAAGGGACGUGGGUCGUAAACAGCGUUGCCUUUGGUUACAGAACAGUUCAAAAGAAAAGGUCGUAAAACAGUUCAAAGAAGCGGCGCCUGGAGGGUGAGUCUGGUCCUGCUUCCCCUUUGCUUUUGUAGUUCUUGGGUCAAGACAAUAUCUUUCUGUUGAUUACAAUACAUGAAAGAACCAGAACACCUUCAUGUUGCUUCCCCCCCGACACAGUGGAGUUUUUACAAGCCUUCUUCUUGGUAGGUUCAAAGACAUGUUUUUGUCGUCUUGCCGGGAACUCAAUGUAACACAAAGUUUUUGUGAUAACUUAGAUACAAUUAUUCUGACACAGGCACUCGUAAACGUGUUAGCAUAUUAGCUAAUGCUAACGACGCAAGCUUGAUUACAUUACGAUAGCACGUACAAACAUGCAUGAAAACACUCCCACAGACAUCACACAUGGGACACAUUAGUGAGUAGAAUGGUUUUAGUUAUAUUGUAAAACUUACAAACAUGACGAAUGAAGAAUCCAUACAGGUAGAAACGCUAUGGGCGGUUUUACUUCCGGUUUAAGGCAUUUUCUCCGGAAGUACAUUUUCAACCCGCAACACCUGCAGUGAGCAAACUCGUCCAAAAGAAUGGUUUUAGUUACAUUGUAAAACUUACAAACUUGGAGUGAUGAAUGGAGAAUCCAUACGAUUAGAAACACUCUGGACGGCUAGAAGACAAAGCGGCACCUCUACUUCCGGUUGAAAGGACUAACUAGACAAACACUGCAGCGAGCGAACUCGUCCAAAAGAUGGCGCCAUAGCACUUUUCAGGGUGUUUGCUUGUUUUUUGUUUUUUUAACUCUGCAUUAUGGCGGUCAGCGAAGAAAAAUCCAUAUAUCAACCACAGGGUUUAAAGAGUAGGAAAAAAGCAGCGACUUAUGGCCUGGAAUUUACGGUAUAUUUAAUAUUUUUGACCACUGUAACAUUACACUCAGUAUGAACAGUGUUUGAAUAUAGGAAAAUACAACACUGUACUUUCUUUGGCGUACUACUAGAUGGAGCCUGCGUACCACUAGUGGGACACGUACCACUAGUGGGACACGUACCACGGUUUGAGAAUCCCUGCAGUAUGUGGGACUUUGAUGCUUCUUGUAGUUGAUAUUAUUUAUGUCACAUAAACUUGCUGUCACAUGUU